CGCAUGUGAUCAUCGAUGCAUCCUCUGCAGUCUUGUCUCGUCGUCAUUGGUCGGUUGCUGCUGCUGUGUCGUCGGCCGCCUCCAACCCCCACUCCCCACAGCUCAACUGGUACUAGCUCAGCGUGGUGGAGUGGAGAUCCAUCGGGACUCAAGGCCGAUUUCGUUUGCUGGUUUGCACUGAUCAUUAUGGUGAAUGAAAAUGCGGAGAAAGAUGAUGGUAUUGAUGAAAGCCCAUCAGCUUCUCAGGUUCCAGAAAAUAAGUCAAGGCACAAUUUUCGAUUGGGAGAUAUAACAUGGGUUAAGCUUGGUGGAUCUUCAUGGUGGCCAGCCCAGGUCAUUGAUGAAUCAUGUGUUGGUAGCAAGCCUAAGAAGAAAGACAAGUAUGAUUGCCUAGUCCGGCUUUAUGGCACGUGUCAAUACUUCUACAUAGACCCUUGGAAGUCUAACUCAGAAUUUGAAAUGAUGCUGAAACAAGAAAACAAGAGCGCAAUGGAAGCAUUCCAUGAGGUGCUUGAGAAGGAGCUGUCUUGUGUUAACUCACCCAGUGAUUGUGAUGAGGAAGUUGUCAACUCAAAAGGCGGUUCCACCAAAGUGACCUCAAAGAAGAACUCAUCUAGAAAAGUCAGAAAACAAGAAGGUUUGAAGCCACAAUAUAAUGAAGGAGAAGAAGACGACCAAGAUGUUGGGAGCACUGAAACUACUGGAGUUACUGCUCGCAAGAAAAAGGGUGGACGUGUGAGACAACCAAGUUCUAUUCAUGAUACCAUUGACAAAGCUUCUAGUGAAAUUUCAGCUGAAGGUUUAAGGAACAAGAGACAGAAGAAUGCUGCUCAAAGUGCUUCGGUGGGCAGCAGGGAAGUGUUGAGACGAUCAGCUCGUUCUGAUGCCAAGCAAUAUUUGGUCGCAGCUGAAGAAAAUACAGAACCACUCACUGAUAUACAUGGAACUGAAGAUUCACUGCUAUAUGAAACUCCAGCUCCUCAUACUGAAAUAAAAGCCAUGGUCAGGGAUAUUCUGUUCAAAGACAUUAUUGAUAGGGAGCAUGAUGCUGAUAUGGCUUAUGUGGAUGAAGUGAUUAAUGGAAUCUGUAGUGCUACUGAUGACAUCAUAAGUGGUGGUGCUGCUGCUUCUACGAAGGGUGGUCGAGGUGCCAAGCUGAGUGGUAGUGGAGUUGAGGGUGAGUCAAGCAAUGUCAGACAAAGGCAUAGAGAUGAAGCAAGUGAGGACGCCUUGCACACGACAAGUCCAGAGACCAUGAAAGGGAAUACUGAUACGACCCAUAGCAGGGAAGCAGUGGUGAAGACACCGGGGCAACUUAGCGCGCGCCAGAUCAGGCAAAUCAGGAUCAUGCAAAGCCUUGGCCUGAUUGCUCCGUCAGGAUCUCCAUUUGGUCGGAACGAGGCGGUUUCUGCCAUCAACCGACAACGCUAACUCUCUUGCGACGACUUUCAGAAACAUAAGGUUCAGCGAACGAUUGCCAAUAUUUUGCAGUCAUCGGCUCCUUGCACGAUGGCUGGUGCGGCUGGUAGCUCAAGGGAUAUUGAGUCGCUACUGCCUACUGGCAUUCAGCUUUUGAGAAACACCUAUAUAUGGUGCCUUAUGUACUGGAACACAUAGCAACUAUUCUCUACAGAGGACUUCAGGCUGUUUUUAAUUGCUAUGUAAGCACGUUGUUGGUUCGGUACUGCUGCAACUGCAACCAUCCAAAAUUGGCAAAUGUGGUGCCUAUACACUAUCACCAAGUUGCUGAGUUGCCCCCUAAA